GUCUGCCUUGUCCAGAAUGUACUCCUGGAAUCAAGACCUCUUGUUACUGGAACAUCAGCUUUGUUUCAGGUUUGCAUCGUGUUAGCCUGUUGAACCAUGGUUGGUUUCCCCACUGGUGGUGAUGUCCCAAAAUGAUGAGAUGUGAUAAGUGAUUGUGAAACGAGUGAGCUGUCACUGUUGUGGUGAUCUGAAAAGCACACGUUUGCACUUCAUCGUGACAGAGGAACAUCAGACCCUGUGGUCCAGUGGAUCAGCAACUUUGUCACAAGUCCCUGCCAGUAUUGUUCCGACUUUGGCUGGACUUCUGAUUACUGGACAAUUCGGCCUAAUCCCUGGACUGUGACAGCAGAUCACUGCUGGAUGUGGGGUCCUCGGAGUGGACGGCAAAUCUUCUUCUGUGAUGCUCGCUCUUGGGAGACCCAGGUCUCUUUACCAGAGACUGAACAGUGAUAUGAAAGACGGACUCUGCUCGCUGAGUCUCCACAAUCCGGCCGCAGCAGUGAACUUCUUCAGGGAGGAUGACCCGGUGGUCUCAGCCAUCAGGAGAGGAGAUGAGGAGGCUGUAAAUGACCUGGCCAAGUCUGCUCCUCACAGUCUGCUGAGGGAGAACAAAGAUGGAUGGAUACCUUUGCAUGACGCCGCCUACUGUGGCCUGACCGCCUGCUUGAACACUCUGCUGAGCGUCCAUCCAGGCUCAGUAGACAAGCGUACUUUACAGGAGCAGACAGCCUUGCUGCUCGCUGUGUCUUGUGAACAUUUGUCAUGUGUGCGACGCCUGCUGGAGGCCGGCGCUGACCCCGACAUCAGCAACAAGAACAAAGAAACCCCUUUGUACAAAGCCUGUGAGUUGGAGAACGUGGACGCGGUGAGUGUCCUCCUUUCAUAUGGUGCCACUGUGAACCAGCGAUGUGGACAGGGCUGGACAGCUCUCCAUGAGGCCGUGUUGAAAAACAACACAGAGAUCUGUGAGAUGCUUCUAAGAGCCGGGGCUACAAUCAAUCCGCCAAACACCUUCAGCAUCACACCGCUCACUGUAGCAGCUCAGCACGGACACAUGAGGGCACUGUGUUACCUGAUUGGGAAAGGUGCAGAUGUGAACAUGCAGACAUGUGACGGUAUCACGGCCUUGCACGAGGCCAGUAAAAAUGGCCACAAGGACAUCGUAGCAGUGCUGUUGACGAAAAAUGCAGACGCCAACAAACCCACCAGCUCAGGACUGCUGCCUCUGCACGUCGCUGCCCAGCACGGACACCACGAGAUUGUGUCCCUGCUUGUCUCGGUUACGAGUCGAGCCAGGCUGCGACACUGUUGGGUCAGCCCCCUGCACCUGGCAGCAGAGCACAACAGACACACUGUGGCAGCUGUGCUGCUGAAGACAGGUGCAGAUGUAAACGGCACACUGGCCCCCUGUCACUCCGUCCGGUAUGCUGACCGACGCGCGACAGCCCUUUACUUUGCCGUCGCCAGCCGCAGCACCAGGACAGCAGAGGUGCUGCUGAACGCCGGCGCCAGUGUCAGCCUGGACCCAGUGAGUCCUCUGCUCAUGGCUGUGAGACACGGGUGCGCCUCGACCGUGUCUCUCCUGCUGCAGAGGGGGGCUGAUGUCAACGCCACAGUCCCGUCUGUUAGUACGACGUUCCCUGCUGUCGUUGCACUCUGCACAGACAAUCUGCCUUUACUCAAAUGCCUUCUGGACCAUGGCUGUGAUGCCUCCUCCUGCUUUACCUGCACACAUGGCAACGCCCCUCACCCAGCGCCUGGAGAACCAAACACAGGACAUGUUUUGCAGAAUGACAACACGCUUUCUUUGAACUGCUGUGAGACGACAGAGAGAGCGAGACAGUUCUGCGAGUGGAUCUCAUCCCCAGCUCUGUGUGGAAAGGCAGGGCCGAUCAUAGAGCUGCUACUGGAGCACGUCGCCCAUGUUCAGCUGUGCAGCAGGAUCACUGAGCUGCUGGACGGCCGGGAAGAAUGGCGCGCCAUUAAGAGGAAGUCGUUGUUGCCUCGUCCACUGCUGCACCUCUGUAGAUUAGGGAUUAGGACCCAAAUGGGGAGAGACGGACUGAAAUGUCUCACAAGUCUACCUCUGCCAGACAGGAUGAUUCGAUACCUGAGCCUGGCUGACUGACAUUAAGGUGAACGUGGAGCAAUACGGCAUCACAGAUGUGGCUAAAUUUAUCUUUUUGUGAUUUAUUGUUUGAUACCUUGAAUCUUUUCAUGGUCCCCUCAAAGCAUUCUCUAUGUAUAAAAUAUUUAUUUCUUAUGUCAUAUCUUUAUUCGUUUCUCUUUUCAAAGAGGCCUUCAGUGAAAGGUAAAAAAAAAAAAAAUUAUAUUAAUACCCAAGGGAUUUGUUGAGGGAGUUGAAUCAUUUAUUUAAAAAUAAAAGCAACCGUUUCAAA